AUGGACGCUGUGACGGGCGACCCGGUUGAGAUGGAACCGGUUGACGACUACAUCACCGAUGUUGGAUUGGAUGGUCGCGGCAUGGGUUUCAACGAGAUGACUACAUGCGCAUUGAGAGACUGUCGCGUUCUUGCAGAGUUACAGGCCCAGCUACAGUCACAGCCACAGUCACAGCCGCCCGUGUCCCCUCCAUCCCGGGAGCUGGGCCGCUCGAGUUCUCCCGAUAUUAUCAGGAGGGGCGGUGGUACGGCCGCCAAAGAACGGGAUGGGAACGCUUGCAUCUUCUCCGGGACAAAUGAUCCCGCGGCAGCGCACAUCUUCCCGUUCGCGACAAGUGCGAAUCGGCAGUUCAACGGCUUGGAAUCUCUGCUCACCCUCUUCUGGGGCGCCGAUCGAGCUGCAUCCUGGGCACGAAAUUACCGGAGAUCUGGGAUCAUGCAAUCCCCAAAGAACAUCCUCUCGUUGAACCAUCAACUCCACUUUUGGUUUGACAAAGCCAAGUUUGCUCUGAAGCCUCUGCGUCAAACCCCGAACGAGAUUGUGGUACAGUGGCAUUGGCUAAGGCAGUCGAGCCUGAAGCCCCGGGCAGUCAUCAAGGCUGACGAGGAUCUUUUAGCCCAAGCCGGUCUCGUGGACUACAGGAGCUGGGGUGUGAAGCUAGCCCACCGGAAAAGUGGUCUCGCUAUUCGAACUGGACAGACCUUCACUAUUCGAGCUGAAGACCCGGAGAGCCUGCCCAGCUUCGAGUUGCUGGAAAUGCAGUGGAAUCUCCACGGCGUUGCGCUAUCAGUGGGGCUGCAGAGGCGACGGAUGAGGAUUACGAAAUACCCCCUGAUCUCGAUGACUCUGGGGACCUAA